UGGGGUAGUGACAGAAAAUACACGUCUCUUGGUGGUUUACUCUUGCCGUCGCUUCCCCUUUUUAUUUUUGUUUUGUUUUCAUUUGGCUAUAAAUACAUGUUUCGUUGGUGCAACGAUUAAUUGGACGUUGUCUGUUUAUCCUCAGGCUGCUCUCUCAUUGAUUUAGAGCGCAGAAUUGACAGAUCGUGAAUUACUGCUGCAAUCCAGGCUUCCAAUGGACUAAAUAAAUGUUUUUUUCUCCCUGCUACAGCGUGAGCACAGGGUGGAAUCCGACGAUCCUGUGCUAUGGCAAAUCCUUUUGUACCCUGAGGAAGGUUUUCUGAUCUGUUCAGUAUAAUUUUUAACGAAGAAGCAUUUGUGAUUUUGAUCAGUUCUUUUGCCCAGGGUUUUGUCACAAUGAGGCAUCUGUGAGGUUUUUUGUUUUGUUUUGUUAAAAUGAGGAAGCAAAUUGUCAAAGAGAUCCACAGAAAGACACAGGCCUCGUCAUUUGCAGGCCUGGAUCUGGGAUAAAAAAAGGCAAAAUAGAGUAACGGAGGCAGUGAAAUACCAAUCUAAAUGGGAAUAAAAUGGGAUACAAUGAAGUACGCAAGGAGAAGAGAAUACACAUUUUAUCAAUGACGGUGCACGUGCAAGCUGGAAGUGUCUCCGAACAAGAAACCCUUUAUCUUUUUUUAACUCAAAACUGUUUGUUUUUUUAAGUACAUGUUGUUUUGCUUUGGGUUAAGAAAGCACUGACAUCGUCUUGCGUUAACUUUAAAAAUAUAUAUACAUUCAUAUAUAUUUUUACGUUUUUCAUUCACUUUUGUUCUGGACUCAACAUUGGCUGUUCAAUGGAAGUAUGCUAUCAGUUGCCGGUUUUACCGCUGGACAGACAGAUUCCUAAGCAUGUGCUUAGCCGAAGGGGGGCCAUCAGUUUCAGCUCCAGCUCCUCUCUCUUCGGGGGACCCGACCCCAGAAAGCUGUCACAGAGAAGAGGAGCGAUCUCCUAUGACAGCUCGGAUCAGACCGCCCUCUACAUUCGAAUGCUUGGAGAUGUGAGAGUGAGACGCCAGGUGGGGUUUGAACCAGAACGACGUGGCUCGCAUCCCUACCUGAAUGUCGACUUCCGAAUUUUGCACUCUCAAGCGGACGGCCCGGGCCCCGCGUCCUCCCGGAACAUCCGGCGGCUGCUGAGCUUUCAGAGGUACCAGCACUCGUCCCGUCUCUGCCGGGGGCUCCCCGACCAGAACCCGCUCCCCAUCCUGGACCAGGACUACACCGGCCAAGCCAAGUGCAUGCUGGAAAAGGUUGGCGGCUGGAAGUUUGAUAUAUUUCUGUUUGACAGGUUAACUAACGGAAACAGCCUGGUCUCCCUCACCUUCCAUCUUAUAAACCAGUAUGGACUGAUCCAGCUCUUCCAGUUAGACAUGGUGAAACUUCGCAGAUUUUUGGUCAUGGUUCAGGAGGACUACCGCAGUCAGAACCCUUACCACAACGCUGUCCAUGCGGCGGACGUGACCCAGGCUAUGUACUGUUACCUGCAGGAGCCAAAGCUGGCCCAGUCUCUCACCUCCUGUGACAUCCUCCUGGGCCUCCUGGCGGCCGUCACCCACGACCUGGACCACCCGGGGGUCAACCAGCCUUUCCUCAUCAAGACCAACCACCACCUGGCAGCUCUGUACAGGAAUACCUCGGUUCUGGAGAACCACCAUUGGAGGUCAGCAGUGGGCCUGCUCAGAGAGUCUGGACUGUUCUCCCACCUUCCGUCAGAGGACAGGCUGAACAUGGAGGGGCAGCUUGGCUCUCUCAUUUUGGCCACAGACAUCAGCAGGCAAAACGACUACCUGUGCAGAUUCCGGUCUCACUUGGACAGGGAGGACCUCUGCAUGGGGAACGCAAGCCACCGGCACUUCCUUCUCCAAAUGGCGCUGAAGUGUGCGGACAUCUGUAACCCCUGCCGGCCGUGGGAGCUCAGCAAAAAGUGGAGUGAGAAAGUAACAGCGGAAUUCUUUCGGCAGGGGGACAUUGAAAAGAAGCUGAAACUCGAAGUCAGUCCGCUGUGUGACAGCCGGCUGAACUCUGUUGCAAAUAUCCAGAUUGGCUUCAUGACGUUUGUGGUGGAGCCCCUGUUCACGGAGUGGAAUCGCUUCUCCGACACGCGGCUGUCCCAAAGCAUGCUGGGCCACCUGGCCCAAAACAAGGCCUGCUGGAAGGGGGUCCUACAGGAGCAGGCGCAAGGCACAGAGGAGCAGGGCACGGACUCCAAAACAUUACCUCAGGGAAGCAGAGAGUCGUGACCUCUGCCCCCCUGCACAAGUCUGGCUGGGGCCCCAGGGUCAGGGGUCAGGGGUCAGAACAGGACUGAACAGCUUCUUCCAGCGCUGAGCGCAAAUGCCUUCAUCGCCAUCAGGCUGCCUGUCUCCCACCUCUAUAAACCACUGAUUUUUAUUUAUUUUAUUUUACUCCCCCUCCCCCCACAUAGAGCAAUACAUAGAUACCUCAUGUUGCUUUCUGCUGUAUUUUUGUUUUGACAGAACAUUAUUAUUAUUAAUAAUUUAUUAUUAUUUUAUUUUAAUUUUUUCCUAGUUAUAUUGUUGUUUCUCUAUAACUGCACAGGCCACCCUGGUAGAGGCCUAAAGGGAACAGGGUGAGAGGGUUCGUGUGCCAUUUUGGGAAAUGUUCUUGUUUUUAAUUACUUUUGAAAGUGAUUAGUGAAAUGAAUAGUGAAUGAGUAUUCAGAGCAGAGGCUCCUGACUUCAGCGCAGCCUGUGUGAUUUGAAAUGAAUCUUCCUUUUUGUGUUAAAAAAACUGUAAAGUGAAGAGCCACUCCCUUUUGAUACCACUGAAGACAGUGUCUUUACAGCGUCUUAACUUUGUGUGUGUGUGUGUGUGUUUGUUUGUGUGUGUGUUUGUGUGUGAGCGUGCAUGCGUGCAUUCUGUAUUAAAGCAUCUUGGUUCUGUUGUUCUGCCUUUAAGCACAGAAAAUCCUGAAAAUCCACUGGCACUAGGCGGACUUUGUCCUAGCGAUGACACGUUGUUUGAACAAAUGUCUCGAGUGCAGCUCAAAACAAGCCAAAUUGCCAUAGAAGCUGCCUCCGCUUCCACGGGCGCUGCCCAAUGCGGACUCGUGGCCCACGGGGUCGCUUCCGAGAGCCGCAGGGACUACAUUUUCACCCAGGAUGGUGGGGGGGGGGAAUAAGCCCUGGAUCGCAGGAAGCAAGAACGCAUCACUUCCUUGGGAUGACAAAAGCACCUAGCCUUCACUGCCUUUCAAACACUGGAAUAAACCGCUCUCGCACACUAGGUUCAGCUAUAACCUGGAUGAACAGAAUUAGCUCAGGGUGUCUGUCAAUUUAUGUGGAUGGAUCUGGGAGAAAGCAAACUUCCUUUAAAGCUGUGGUUCUAAAGCUGUGGGUCGCCGUAUAAAUAUGAAGAAAGAAAUUAAAUGACAUACUCUACAUGAUACUUUCUGCUGGCAUUCAUACCAGCAAGGUUAAAGUCUGCACUAGUUAAAUACAUUUUACAUGCAGUUGUAUUGACAUGGUUUAAAAAUGUUAAUUCCAUAUUUGAGGAUAUGUUGUCUCAACCCCAGAUUGUCUGUAUUCUGUGUCUGGAAAGGUUCUGUGUCUCACCGUUCGUGAGAUUAGAUUCCUGCAAUCUGGUUGGUUUUACCAAGUUUAGGCGGUGUUGUGUCAUUGGUCAGUGGUUGGCUUCAGUCACUGUCUUCAGGUCAAGCCCACAAGAUUGUAAUUUGUAAGAGGAAGCAACUGAUCAUUGCUUUAUCAGCAAAAUCACUGGAAUUUGGUUGGAUUUAUAACUCAUCAGUCUCUAAUCUUGUCAGGCUCAAAUUUGCACCAGAAUGUGAACCUGAUGAGUGAGAAGGGGGCGGAGGGUUACAAAAAUAUGUUUUUGCUCAUUAUGUGAGUCCUGGGCUCCUAGUUUGGGGAACACUGCUUGGAAGCUACUGUAGGGCGCCCCCUCUCCCCUUAAAUGCAAAGCAUGAGUGGCAUAAAUGGUCACUCUGCACAAAGUGUGUAGCCUGUUCCUAAAGCCCUCUCCCCACAUGAAGCAUGUGUUAGCAUGCCUUCAUGCCUUUGUUAGCAUGUGUGCUGGAAUGCUGGUCAUAAGGUUUGACCUUGAGUUGAGUGACAUUCACUGGGUCACAUUUGGGACUAGGCUUUUUUUACAUAACUCAUUAUAUCAGCCUUUUUAAAGCAUGGCCUUUGGUUACAAAAGUUGUUUUGUAAAGAGUUAGUAGAUAACUCUAACCGUAAUGGUUUUAUGAUUGCAUACUUUGCCCGUAGUGAGUCAAGGUUAACUCAGACCGAAGCUAUCGGAGUGUGUUCGUAUGAGCUGAUGUUUAAACAUGCAACCAGGGAAACUGCAACUGAUGCCCAAGCUAUGCACAAUGCUAAGUGACCAAACCAGUUCUUAAUAAGAGAUGCAUGGUCUUCACUGCACUGUCCAAUUGCCUUUUGCGGUUAAAAGGUUUGAUUUUGUUGAUGUUAAAAAAUAAAAUAAAAAACUGCAGUAAGAUGUAUUUUAGCAAACAUUCCAUAUUUUGUUUUUUUAAAUAUUGUUUUUGACUAUGGUGGUUCAGUUGUGUUUCUGGUUUUAUUUUGUAUUAUUAUUAUUAUUAUUAUUAUUAUAAAUAAGACUGGGUGCUUCUCUUAUUUCUAUAUUGCCCUUGUAAUUACUACUAAGACUGUUCCAUAAAAUUGUUUACAAUUUGUAACAGCCAUUUUGGGGAGAAGAUUUUAGCAUCAAGCCAUUUUUAUAAGCUUUGAUGUUUUGACCUUUUGAUAUGUGCCCACUGCAGUUACAUUUUGAGUAAUAAAACUCUACAAAUGCAGAAAUUUUGCCUGUUUUAUUGCCAGAUAAAGAUUUGCCUAAUAAAAAUGCUUAAAAACAA